UAGAACGAUGAAUUAAUAAUAUUGCCGGAUAGCCCAGCAGCGAGAUGUUUAUAGGCAGCUCGUUCGAAAAGUUCGAAAUAAUUUUAACGAAAUAACAGUGAAGAAGAAUUGAGGUUAGAAUUUGAACUUUAAAGUAAACAAUAACAAAACUACCAGGUGUGUGCUGUGAGAAUCAAUCAGUUAAUAAUGAGCCAAAGCAGACCAAUGGAUUCAAAUUGUAUAACAUUGACAAGAUUCUUCUUGGCUGAGCAGAAAAAAAGUCCUAAAGCAACAGGUGAACUCACACAACUUCUCAACUCUAUCCAAACAGCUGUGAAGGUCAUCAGCAGUGCUGUAAGAAAAGCUGGCAUAACCCAACUAUUUGGCACUGUUGGUGAAACAAAUGUACAGGGGGAGGAAGUGAAGAAGCUUGAUGUUCUUGCCAAUGAACUCUUCAUAAAUAUGCUCAAAUCAUCAUAUACGACAGCCUUACUCAUAUCUGAAGAAAAUGAGACUGUUAUAGAGGUAGAAACGGAGAAAAAGGGCAAAUACAUCGUGGCCUUCGACCCGCUAGAUGGCUCCUCCAACAUCGACUGCCUGGUCUCCAUCGGCUCCAUCUUUGCCAUCCUCAAAAAGGACGACAACACCAUCCCCACUCUGAAAGACACCCUGCAGCCAGGCAGGAAGGUCGUAGCUGCGGGGUACGCCCUGUAUGGUAGCGCCACCAUGAUGGUGUUGUCCACGGGGGACGGAGUGCACGGGUUCAUGCUGGACCCCAGUAUCGGGGAGUUCAUUUUGACCGACAGGAAUAUGCAGGUCCCUAAAAAAGGUAACAUUUAUGCGAUAAACGAAGGUUAUACUCAUCAAUGGGACAAAGCUGUCGCUGAAUACAUUCAGAAUAAGAAAGAUCCAGCAAAAGGGAAACCGUAUAACGCUCGGUAUGUAGGAUCCAUGGUUGCUGACGUGCACAGGACGAUCAAAUAUGGAGGAAUUUUCAUUUACCCAGCAACCAAAUCUUCUCCCAAUGGAAAGCUCAGAUUACUGUAUGAAUGCAUUCCGAUGGCUUUCAUUAUGUCACAAGCAGGUGGCGCUGCUAGUAACGGAAAAAUACCGAUUUUGGAUGUCCAACCAACGAGCAUUCAUGAGAGAUCUCCCAUUUUCCUAGGAUCCGUCGAAGAUGUAGAGGAAGUUCUACAGAUAAUAAAAAAAUACGAAAAAUAAUUGUAGAUUCCACUAUUGCAUAUUGUUUUAAGGUUCCUUCACUUUUUUAUAGUUGAACUAUGUAUAGUUUGAUUGAAUAUAUUAUCUGAACUGUUUUGA